AUGUUUCCUUUGAUGAAUGAAUGGAGCUUGAAAAAUCUUGGCAUUCACCUAACUUGUAAGUUAAUAAUAGUAAUUUGAUAAUAUUUAAUAUUGUGUAGUACAGUAAAUUUCAUGUAACGGCUUAUAAAAUAAUGGUUAAAAAUUUGAAAAUCAAUUUUCCCGCCAAAUCUUGGCAUAAGGUUUUAAGGUCAAUCUAGAAUUUUAUAAAGUUGUUUAGUAUAGAUUUUAGUUUUUUAUUAGUUCUUAACUAGUUUUACAUCUAAAAUAUUAAAGAAAAUUUGAAUUUUUGUUUUCCCGCCAAAUCUUGGCAUUCUGUUUUAAGGUUAAAAAAGUUGUAAUAAGACCAACUCUUGCUCUAAAUUUUUGUUCUCAAUAUUUUUGAUCAAUUUUACAUGUAUAACUAAGCAAAAUGUACUGAGAGUAAACAACCUUUUUUUUGAAAAUUUGAAUUUUUUAUUUUCCCGCCAAAUGCUGAAGUUUUGUUUUUUUUUGUUGUACAUUGCUAAAAUACGAAGAAAAAGUUGUUUAAAAUAAGAGUUUUAGCUUAAGAUUCCUCCAAUAUAUUGCUUUAUAUAAUGGAAAUUUUGUUUUUAGUACCGGAAGCCUAUCAAAACCAAAGUUUGGUCAUUUCAAAGUCAAUUUCUCAAGCUACUUUGUCUUUCGAAGCCGUUUAUCACAUGUUUAACGUAAGUUUUUUUGCAGAAUUUUGGUAUUAUAGGUUUGGUUAGUAUCGUUGCCGUUUUAAGCUUAAAUUUUGCAUUUUAUUUACAGCUUUUGUUUAGGUAUUGAACUUAACAAUCUUUUUGGACACAGUUAAUGGCCAUAACUUUGAACAUGAACUAGCGACCAGCACCUUGAACGCAAAUGAAAUCCUCGGGAUUCCUGGAGGUUUUACAACAAGAUGCUUGUUUGAAAAUCCAUUUGGAGCUAUUACAAGGUAAAAAUUUAUUUUUGCUGUAAUUUAUUAGAUAUUAAGACAAUUUUUUAGAAAAAUGACAUUUGGGUCUAAAACUUUUUUUUAGAUGUUUCAUGGGUGUUAAAAUACUUAUAGUACACUAGCCUACGCCAAUUAGUACUAGUUUUUGCUCUUUGGUGCAAUUUUGGCUGUGUGUUCUUGUGGCGCAGUGGUAGUGAUUUGAACUUUAGAAUAUAAGCUCAGAGGUUCGAAUCAGGUCCGAUGCAAUAGGCUAAUUACGUGUUUUAAGGCCGUUCUUCGCACUUUUUGAUAUUUAAAAUUGUUUAAAGCAAAAAAAAAAUUAAUUUUUAAAUACUAAUAAAAAACUUUAAAUUAUUUUUUAUAUAAAAAAUGGGUAAAAACAUCGAUUUUGCUGAAAAUUAAGCCUAAAACAUAAAAAAAAGCUGUAAAAAACUGUAAAACCUUAAUGAUUACGCAUAAAUUAGUUUAUAAGUUUAAGCCUAAUUUAUAUUUAUCAUUGUCAGGUUUUCCAAAUGGGCAAUCGAACCAAAAGACAAGAAACAUUGCCUUAGUGGCAAUAUCCGUCACGGUAUUUGCAUAUUGGGUAUGUGGGAUAUGGAACUUCUGACUUAA